AUGGAUGGUAUACUCUUAAUCGACAAACCAUCAGGAAUUACCUCGCAUAAAGUCAUUGAAAUUAUUCGAAAGAAAUUAAGUAUAAAAAAAGUUGGACAUGCUGGAACACUGGACCCCUUGGCUACCGGCUUAUUGGUGAUUAUGGUGGGUAAAGCCACCAAAUUAAGCAAUCAAUUAAUUAGUCAGUUCAAAACUUAUGAAGUGGAAAUGAAAUUAUUUUUGGAAACUGAUACUGGUGAUAUAACCGGGAAAAUAAUCAAGGAUGAAAAUCCGCAAGCAUUUACCAAAAAACAGAUUCAAGAGGGGAGAAAGUUAUAUCAAUAUGCUAGAAAAGGUAUCCUGGUAGAAGCACCACCGCGAUUAGUAAAAAUAGAGAAAAUAAAACUAUCAAAUUAUUUGCCUGGUGAAGAAAAGAUAAAUUUUUUAGUAGAGUGUAGCAAAGGCACUUAUAUUCGUAGUUUAGCAAAGGACAUCGCCGAAAAAAUGGGAACAAUAGCCACUGUCAGCCAAUUAAGGAGAAUUAGUUCGGGAAAAUUUCAUGUUAAUCAAGCCCUAAAAUUAGAAGAGCAUCUUCUAAAAUUCCAAUUAGCCGUUAUGACUAAUGAUUCAGAUUUUACCGGUUCAAUCGCCAAAGUAGUUGGAGAACAAGGUGAAGAAGAGGAUUUACAAAUUGAUAUUUAUGGAGAAACUGCCGAAAAUAUUUAUUUUAUUGAGUUCAUCGGCAAACCAGCAUUCAAGAAAAUUUUUCUUCAUAGCAAAGCAAUUACCUAUCUCAUUAGUUUUCCCACUGGUGAAUUGGCCAAUGAUGCCAAAGUCUUUUUAGAAAAGGAAGAACUUAUGGAAUUAGUAACAACUCAUCAUGACAAGGUUCAUGGGAAAACAUGGGAA